GCAGGAUUGAAAACUUUAAAGGCGAAUCGAGCUAACGAAAGUCAGAAAGUCGGAAAGGAAAGUGAGGCACUUAUAGAUCAUGAGUCGUUCUUGGUGUCAUCAUUAUUGGAGCGUAUCAUUCUUAGAUCAUCGUUAGAGCCUUUUGGAGUCGCCGUUACUAGAGCUAUUGUUACUGGAGUCAUGCUACUAGAGUGUC